AUGCCGAUGCAGCACUCCUUGGACAUGGAGUUGAUUACUGCCGCAGCCAGAUAUGCUGAUGAGAAUAGAUCUCGCUUACUACUCAAACUCAAGCAACUAAUAUCUUCACAGCGUAACAUCCAUACCAACCCAGAGGGUGUAAUCGGCCAUGCACGUACGGAUAGCAGCAUCUAUGGGUCUGGAAACUCGGGUUCCCCUGACGUUCCAACUCCGCCAACAGGUGCUGCCACCAAGACAGGUGCGGCAGUUACGGAACCGGCUCCUCCGCACCAGGGAACUGAGGCAGUGGUCGAUGACGAGCCUGAUACUGCAACUGCCAACGUCAAUGAUUCUGACAUCCCCAACACUGCAAAGGCUCCUGCUACUGGCACUCAAAACCACCAGUGA